UCUUGAUGCUAAGGAGUCAGUAUUAAAGUACGCUCUUGCCCACCAGCAACUUGAGGCCCUUGUCCAGUUAGAAUCUGGGUCAGCCCGGAAGUCGGAGCGACAUACGUGGGCGGGGUGAGUUUGAGCCGAUCAACAGAGGACACGGAGAAAGAAGUGGAGAUACAGAAAAUCGUGAAGGGAAAUUUCCAGAACCUGAAACUUUCCAAGGGAAAAGCAGUGGCGAGGACAUCUACGAAGACGAAGAUGAAGAACUGGAGGAUGGACCAAGAAGCGGAGGAGAAGGCGGCAAUAUUCGACGCCGUUCUGUACGACAACGCGACGGGUCAGGAGGUGGCAAAGGGGAAGCCGGACGGGGAAACGUGUGACGAUCCGGUUCACGGGUUGAAGAGGAGGUACGUGGGAGCGAACAGACCGUUUACGAAAACCGGGUCGGUGGUGCUGGCAGGGGACGAGUAUGGAGAAGGAGUAGGGUGGAAGCUGAACAAAGAGAUGGAAGGGAGUGUGUUGAAGUGGAGGAUAGGAGGGGAAUUUUGGGUAAGCUACUGACCAAAUCAGGCAAGGACUUCAUUUUUUGAGGCGAGGUAUGUGGAACGGUGUGACGAGGUUGAUUUGCCUCUUAUUCCUGGCA